UGCAUUCCAGUAUAAGUUGUCAGUCCGCAACGCGCCGUUUGACCGAACGGACGUACGCGCGCGCUUCCAACAUUGGAAAAUUAUCGUUGUUUAUUUAUUUAUCUUGAAUUACAUAUCUUUCAUUUUUUUGUGCGUGAAAAUUGUCUUUAAUUUUUUAAUAGUGACUGAAUAUUUACGAAUGAACUAUAAUCUAUCUUAAUGAACUGUGAUCGUGUUUUUGGCCGUUUCAAACAAUAACAAAAACGGUAGAAAACAAAAGUGUGAGGACAAGCCGAAAUGAGCGGAUUGACCAACAGAGUUAAAAGAGGAUCGAGAGGUAGUGCCACACUUCUCGAAGCAGCGAACAGGAUUUUGCGAUUACUUGGCGUGAGCUCCACGAAGCGCGGGAAACAGCCCUCGCCCAAAUCCAAGAUUAACGGCCGAGCGUCUAGUGAGUUACGGGCCCCAAUUGCUGCGGCCGAAGUCAUAGUAGAGACGCCUAUCAAGAUGCAAGCAGCGCCUGCGCCCGCACCGACAACGCCGGCGCCUGCAUCCGCUGCGCCUUCAGCACCAGCGCCUUCGCCAGCUGCUAGUCAGGCACAAAAGCCAACCAAACGAACUGCUAAAGAUUACAUUUUUGGAAAGCUAAUUGGCGAGGGUUGUUACAGUACAGUUUUUCUUGCAAAGGAUAUUCACAGUGGAAAGGAAUAUGCAAUUAAAGUAUGUGAAAAACUACACAUCAUCCGAAAGAAGAAAAGGGAAUACAUCAGACGUGAAAAAGAUGCUCUAAACAUGCUGUUUAAUGUGCCUCAUGGUUUUGUAAAACUGUACUGCACAUUUCAAGAUGAAGAAAGGCUAUAUUUUGUUUUGUCUUUUGCAAAAAAUGGCGAAUUGUUGUCUUACAUAAAUCAAGUUGGCUCUUUUGAGCUCAAUGUAGCUAAAUUUUAUGCGGCCGAAUUAUUAAUGGCUUUAGAAAAAAUGCACGCCAAAGGAAUAAUUCACCGCGAUUUAAAACCAGAAAAUAUAUUAUUAGAUGAAAAUAUGCACUUGCAAAUUGCUGAUUUUGGUACUGCCAAAAUUCUCGAACCGGAAGAGAUUCGUGCAUCGUCAAAUAAUGCGGAUGACACGCAAAAUGAACGAUCUAGAAAAAUUAGUUUCGUUGGAACACCGCAGUAUGUUAGUCCAGAACUAUUACACGACGGUGUCGACACACGUGCCUCAGAUUUGUGGGCGUUGGGAUGCAUUAUUUAUCAAAUGAUUUCGGGUUUGCCUCCAUUUCGAGCGGCUACAGAGUUUCUCACGUUUCAAAAAAUUCUUAAGAUGGAUUUCGAAUUCCCAGAAGGUUUUCCUGCAGAUGCCAAAGAUCUUGUCGAAAAGCUCUUAGUAUUAGAUCAUUCUAAGAGACUUGGCGCUACUGACAAAGGCGAAACUUAUGACAGUAUUCGCAGCCAUCCAUUCUUCGCUGGAAUUGAAUGGGAUAACGUGUGGGAUCAGACGCCGCCAACUAUUAGCCCAUAUUUACCCGGCGGUUCGUUUGAAGAGGAAUAUAAUGUGCCCGAUCAUCUUGAACCAGGACUAGGCAAUCAACAACUUGUAAGACUGUGGGAAUUCGACUUAUCUACCUCUAAAGGAAUCUUGAACAUUAGUCCAGAAGAAAAACGCCGUCGUCUCGAAGUGCAAUCUCGGGAGAGCAAAUGGCACCAGUUUGUCGACGGAGAGUUGAUUUUGAAGCAAGGCUUGGUGGACAAGCGAAAGGGUCUAUUUCCACGACGUCGUAUGCUACUGUUAACCACAGGGCCACGCCUAUUUUAUGUAGACCCGGCUAAUAUGGUGCUCAAGGGUGAAAUCCCUUGGUCGCCUCAAUUACGGGUUGAAGCCAAAAACUUCAGAAUAUUUCUAGUUCACACGCCGAACCGUACAUAUUACUUGGAAGAUCCCGAUUCAUAUGCUUUGGAGUGGGCGAGCGUAAUCGACGAAGUACGCAUCGGAACAUAUGGACGGGAUACGACUUAAGCGACGGCGCGGCCGCUGCUCCGAGUCGCGUCCGCGCCGCCGCCGCGGCCCCUCGGGCCUCGCGCCCGCUCCUCGUACCUCACACGGCGAGUUCACACUUCUAGGUUACUUCUAGCCUUGAUUUAGAGCAUGGCAAAUUCCAAGCCGAAAGCUUUCGCGUCGAUGAUCGACCUCGUGCUGAGUCCUAAGUUAUGCAUAGGCCAGUGCGGGGCCGGCUCGCCUCGUGGCGUCCGCCGUCGCCGCUGUCACCGCCGCGGAGCGUGCCGUGAGCCACUGGCGGCGCUACAUAUGUUCAAAAAGCGCACGAAGCAAUGACAGCCGGGCGCUCUGCACGCCGGACGGUGUUACGAGACGACAACCGAUCGACUACAGCUCGAUCACUGUGGAUACUGAAUGACUGAUUCCUAUUAAUAAUAAAUAAUAUCCCGACUAUCUUAAAUUAUUCUAAUUUAAGUUCCUUAUUUAAUUGUGGAAUACCGACGAUGAUGUGUAAAUAUGUCUUAAAUUAUUAUUGCGAUUGCUUAGUAAUAUUUAAUUGUGGGGCAAUGUAACAAAUGUAAGUUUUAUUGUAUACAGGCCUCUUGUAAGAUUGGACUUGUUAUUCACCACCUGCGUGUUCACAAAGCCAUUCCGGUUGGUAACUAGGCAAUUUAUAGCUAAAUUUAAUAUUUAUUUUAUGUUUAAUUUUUUGCCAACGGAAUGUGACUGCUGUACAGUUAUAACCGUAGAAAUGUAUGAUUAUGUUUCUAUAUUCUACUCCAACUAAGUUGAUCAAUGACAAUUGGUAUAGUAAGAAUUAGCAAAGUUGUAUAUUUUAAAUGGAAGGACCCAUUGUCAGAUCCUGGUUGCUGUAGAAAUAGAAGCAGCUAGAUGAAUGAAGAGUAGCCUCUUCACUAAUUAAUAGAGAGUUUCGGCUCAAGCAAUCACGGCACCGUGAUUGGUUGCCUUACUUUCAGAACUCUGUUUGAGUAUAAUACAUUAAGCUCUGAAAUGGCAUAGGAGACUUUGUUUCAAUGCUUUUUACGUGCAAGUUACUUGUGCUCUUUAAUUGUAUCUAACAUAGCAAAGGUAUACGGAAACUGCCACCAAAGGUGACAAUUAUAAUGCUAUUUCAUUGCUUGGUAAUUAAUUGUCUAAAAUAUAUUAAUUUUGUUAAUUGCAGUCUAAUUAAGAUAUUGGGAUUGCUUAAUGGAUAGUGACUAGUGCAAAUUUGUUUCUUAAUGUUUUGUGUUGUUAUAAACAGUGAUUGUAUUAUGGCCAUAGCUAAUGUUCAAUGUCAUGGCACUUUGGGGUCUAAAAUUGUAUGUAAAUUAUAAUGAUUACUUUUAUCAUUUAAUAAUUUUUAUAAUAGCAGGUUUUAUAAUUAAAAUGCCUAAAACUUGCCUGUAAUAUUUAAUAAUGUUAGGGCUUAAUGGGAUUUAAUCCAUAGUUCAAUAUGAGACCCUCAUUAGCAAAAUGUAGAAAAUUAAGAUUUCACUAAGUAGCAUGAAGAACUGUUUUAUUAAUUUCAUAGUAUAUCAUGGGCAAUGAUAUACAAUUAUAUAAUUGGUCAGCAUAAAUUGGACUUCUCCAUGACAUUGUUAUAAUUAAAAUUAAAACCUGCAUUUAAAAUUUAAUAACUGUUAACUAUUGUAAUUAUAUUUUACAACAUUUGUAUUGCAUAAAUUCCAUAAAGUAACAAUAUAAGAAAUUGAAAUAAAUUGAAGUUGAUUUUUAAUAAAUAA